CCCGCGGGCUGUGGCGAGCGGGGCGUCUUGUGUCACUGCCUGGGAGCGCUGGCGCUGGCGUGGCGUCAUCCCCGCGGCUUCUCUGCUCCGGCUCAGCUCGGGGCGGGGCGGGAGGAUGACUUCGGAGAUGGAGUCGUCGCUGGAGGGCAGCUUCUCGUCCAGCUGUGCGGUGUCAGGGGCGUCUGGCUGUUUGCCUCCCGCCCGCUCCCGCAUCUUCAAGAUCAUCGUGAUCGGCGACUCGAACGUGGGCAAGACGUGCCUGACCUACCGCUUCUGCGCCGGCCGCUUCCCCGACCGCACCGAGGCCACGAUCGGGGUGGACUUCCGAGAGCGAGCCGUGGACAUUGAUGGAGAGCGCAUCAAGAUCCAGUUGUGGGACACAGCGGGGCAGGAGCGGUUCAGGAAGAGCAUGGUCCAGCACUACUACAGGAACGUGCAUGCUGUUGUCUUUGUGUAUGACAUGACCAACAUGGCCAGCUUCCACAGCCUGCCGUCUUGGAUAGAGGAAUGCAAGCAGCACUUGCUGGCAAAUGACAUACCUCGCAUUCUGGUGGGAAAUAAAUGUGACUUGAGAAGCGCCAUUCAGGUGCCCACAGACUUGGCACAGAAGUUUGCUGACACACACAGUAUGCCUUUGUUUGAGACCUCGGCGAAAAACCCCAAUGAUAAUGAUCACGUAGAAGCUAUAUUCAUGACGUUAGCUCAUAAGCUAAAGAGCCACAAGCCAUUGAUGCUUAGCCAGCUGCCUGAUAACAGAAUUAGCCUGAAACCUGAGGCCAAACCUGCAGUGACUUGCUGGUGCUGAGUCAUAGGCGUGGCCAUUGUGGGUCUGCCUUACCUGAAGAGAAGCUUGUGAAGUGUGACAGUGAUUAAGUUCGUAAGAGUACAUGUUAACUGUAGUGGAUCAUCCUGCUGUUAUUGUUGUUACAAUGCCUUUUGUAUUUUGCAUCCUCUUAAGUUUGUCAUGGAGACAGCACAGGGAAAGGCCGCUUUACAGCAGGGAUUGAAAGUGAAGCAAAGGCAAGACUGCCAGGCCAUCCUUCCAGUUCCAGCCAGAAGCAGCAGCUUCAAGUGAGCAUAAUGGAACUGAAAUGGUUGGUGCUGUUCCUCUGUGUCCCUGGAGCAGCAGAGCCGUGCUGGGCAGCGCACACAUGCAGAGCAGAGCCGGAGCUAGCCGCACGCUAAUAGGGUGCUUUAAUUACUUUGUCUUUAAGCACUAAAAACUAAUCAAAAGAAAGCAAGCAGUUGUAACAGGAGUUUACUUUAGCCAUGACAUUUAAUCGAAAUAUCUGUUAUCUAAAAGCUGGUUUCUGGUGCCCCUUGCCCUCUGUUCCCAGUCAGUUGGGUGACUCAGAGCUGGUUUCAGUCAGCAUCCAUCUGGCUGGGGCUCUACAUCUAUGUUCCUGCAAUAGUAUUGUUGGAUAAGGUUUUUAAGUGCGUGAAUUUUAUGGCAUUGGUAUAAAAAUUGGUAAAACACACUGUUCCUUGGUAUAAAAAAAUGAGUUAAAUAUUGAAAAAUAUCUUACCUGUCUCUCAAUGAUGAAAGAAAUGGUUUAGAAAGAUGUUCGAGUUUAAAACUUUGCACAAAGGAAAUAGCACGUUUGCAUAUGAAGGUGUUAGCAGAGCGGCGUGUAAGCUGUGCUCAGUCUGAGUCUGCACGUCCUCUUUGUGACAGCUUGCGACCCUUGACAACCUUAGAGGGAAUGAAGCCAAAAUAAUGUUUUACUUAAAUAGUUACAUAAUGUGGGAAACAAACAUAAUCCAACCUAGUUUCAGAUUUUUGUUUCAUUAUUCUGAAGGUCCCAACUGGACAGUUCAGUUAUGAAAGCAAAAUUUUUCUAUUUAAUAAACUAAGUAAAAGUAACUUAAGGGAUGAAUGAUUGUACAACUUAAAUAUUAAUUCAGUACAUACAAUGAAAUGAAGAUUAGGGCCCAGGUUGUCUUUCUUUGUAAUUAGAAAGAUCUUUCUUUGGUUCUUUCUUUUUUUCUUGUUUUAAUACAAGGUCUCUCUCUGUGGGACCGGGGUGGCCUCAGACUUACAGACACCAGUCUGCCUCUUCCUCUAGCUGCUGGGAAUUAAAGGCUUCUGUCCCCAGGACUAGCCUAACACAUUGUUCUUAAUCAUGCUGCAAUUAAAGAUUAAAGACUGUCUUCUGUUUAGACGAAUGCUGACUUGUGAACUGUUUUCCUGGUGACACAGAAUGGCGGUAGUGACAGGCGGCUGCAGAUGUUUGUACAGAGGAAUAUCUGGUCACUGUUCUUCCACGCUCUGUACACUGGGGAAGGAGCUGACCUGCUCUCUAAGCGUGUCUGUGGUUUUCUUCCGGAUUAUUUCAGUACAGGACUGUUAAUUAGUAAUUUUUCUUUUUAAUGUAACUUUUCUUAAUGAGCAUUCUUACAAUUCUGUGAAAAGCAUAAUUUUUUCAUUUUAUUUAUUUAUUAAUCAAAACAUAUUUGUAUCUCAUUUGUAACGACCUACCACUUUAGUUUUUAGUUUUUUAUUUGAAAAAGAUACAAACCAGGUGGGCAAGGAUAAUCCCUUUAGAUGUAGUCCAAAGUGUUUGGGUUUAUAAAGCACUUUAUUGACUGUUGAUAUUACUUUCAAAAUGAUGGUGAGCUGACAUCUUGUCAUUUUUUUAAGCACAAAUCGCACAUUUUGUACAUUUGUGAUUUUAUUUUGUCUGACAUUUAAUUGGAAGUGUCAGAUGUUUUAGGAAAAAAAAUCUUAAUUUGUGAACAGCAAAGCAAACUCCUCUGGUGUCUGUUGUGGUUGAUUGACAGUGUACGGCUCUUUGAUGUCCUCUCAACAAGGAUGGUAGCUUUGCUGUGAAACAGCGUCACCCUUAACACUUCUCCCAUAACGUAAAAUAAAUCAUCUCUGCCAUGAGGAAGCGUUUCUCUCUUUUGUUUUCUGGGUUGAAUAUAAAUUAAAGAGGGUACUUCUU